GGCUAAAUCACAUUUGACUAUAAGUAAUAGAAGGCCAUCUAUAGUUCAAUGUUACGGUUUAACACAAAAUACAUUAGAUGGAAAUUAUAUGUUUGUAUUAAGAAAAAUGAAUAUAGAUUUAAGAAAAUAUUUGCAACAAAAUCAUAAUCAACUUACGUGGGAAGAAAGGAUUCAAAUUACUCAUGAAAUAAUUCUUGCACUUGAUAGAAUCCAUAGAGAAAAUGCAAUUCAUAGAGAUUUACAUUCUAAGAAUAUAUUACAUAGUCGCUAUGUUCAAAGGUUUUACAUUAGUGAUCUUGGAUUUUGUGGUCCAGCAAAUAGGCCAUCAAAAAGUAUAUAUGGAAAUCUUCCUUAUAUAGCACCUGAGGUCAUUAAUGGAAAAGAAUAUACUUUUAAGUCUGAUAUUUAUAGUGCUGCAAUGCUUAUGUGGGAAAUUUCAUCAGGUCAACCACCGUUUAUUAAUUACGAACAUGAUUACGAUCUUGCAAUGAAUAUAAUUGAUGGUAUUAGACCAAAAAUUGUACCGGGAACUCCUUUAGAAUAUAAAAAUUUAAUAGAACAAUGUUGGAAUGCUGAUCCAUUAAAAAGACCUGAUGCUUAUACUCUGCUGGAUGAAAUAAAAAAAAUUAAUAUUUUAUACCAAAAUAAUCCAAGUAAAUUAGCAGCAAAUAAUAAUUUAAAAAUAAAUAAAUCAAAUAGCUUAAAUUCAAAAGAUACAAAUAGUGCAUUGUAUACGAGUAAACUUCAUCAAUUUGAAAACUUACCUGAACCAAGAAAUGCAACAGAAGAAGAACUAGAAGCAUUUCACAGUAAAUCCUAUGAUUUUGAAAUCCCUGAUAAUAUCGAAGAUUUUGAUAAAUCAAGUAGUCGAACUUUUAAAAGUAGUUCUAAAGUAUUUAAUAUUGAAAAGCUUCAAAGCAUGAUGUGCAAAUUAACGAAGAAAUAAUACUACAACAAAAUAUAUAGAAGCGUCAUUUUGAUAUGAUUGAUAUAACAUUGCAACAUACUAAUUAAAAGGAUUGAUUAUAAAUUCAAAUCAACAUUGCAAUAUUAUU